AACAUUUAUGUAGGCCGCAGUAUUGUGAUCUAUUUGCCCAUGGGCGAGGUUGAUGGGUUUUAUUUAACAAAUUAUGUGAUUCAGUAGCAUACUGAAAGGGUCCUGGAAACGCCUGCGCUUAUGCAUCUCUGACGGUUGUUUCAUUGGGGUGGAGCUAGAGACCAUUGACACGUAAGAAUCCUGCUUUAAUUUUAUGGAAGAGGCUACGUAGGCCUACAUCUUUUUAGUAGCGAAGGAUGGUAUUUUUUUAUAUAGCCAGCUACUAAUAUUUUGUAUUUGGUUUGAUGUACAUAAUUAUCCAACGCGACUAAAUUAGGCUGUAGAAAGGGCCUACAUAGUCAACGUUGAGAAUGAGAUUCUCAAUGUUUAUUUCUCUGCUGAGGCCGAUCGGGCCGGUUAUUAUCGGUAUUUCUUUGGGCUUUACCUUAAGUUUACUUAGUGUGAAUUGGGUGGAGGAAUCUUGUUUCCUCAACGGGAAAGCGAGUGAAGAAAUAAGUUUGUCCCAAGAUGGGAAUUCAAAAGGAGCAAGGAGACCCAAUUCGAUAUCGACGGUCAAAGAUGUGGACGCCGAGGAAGAUUUUGAGCCAAGAAUAGUGCCAUAUAAACCAGUCCAACAAAGCAAACCAAAUCAUUUUUUUCGGGCUAAGUACAUCAGUACAGAGCUGGGGAUCCGGGAGCCCCUCUUCGUCGGGAUCCUGACGUCCAAAAGCACCAUCAACACAUUGGGAGUGGCCGUGAACCGCACCCUCAGCCACCACCUGGACACUGUCGUCUUCUUCACCGGCAUGCGCAACCGCAAAGUGCCCCACGGCAUGUUCGUGGUCACCCAUGGGGACGAGAGGCUCAUAUGGAACAUGUUCCAGACCAUCAAGUACAUCUUGGAGCACUAUGUCCAUGAGUAUGACUGGUUCUAUCUGGCCCAGGACGACACCUACACCGAGGCAGACCGGAUCAAACAGCUGGUGGCUCACCUGAGCAUGGACCGGGAGCUUUACAUAGGCAGCCCUGAGGAGUUUAUAGGUGGGGAGAUGGAGGGGAGGUACUGCUACGGUGGGUUCGGAUACAUUCUCUCCCGUACCCUGUUGCUCCGGCUCAAACCCUUCCUGGAGAACUGUAGGAAUGACAUCCUGAGCGCCAGGCCUGACGAGUGGCUGGGCAGAUGCAUCAUUGAUUAUGCCAACACCAACUGUGUGGAUGAGCAUGAGGGGCUGCAGUACUACCAUUACGAAAUGGGCAAGAACUCCGAUCCGAGUAAGGAGGACAAUAUGCAGUUUAAAAAUGCCUUGACUGUCCACCCGGUGUCUGACCCUGAGCAGAUGUAUAGACUACACAAGCACUUCACUGAGAUCGAACUGCAGAGGACAUACGAUGAGAUUGAGAAGCUGCAGACGGAGAUAAAGAAUGUGAGUGAAGUGGCUUAUGAUGGCAACCGGAGCGCCCAGUGGCCCAUUGGGAUCAAUCCUCCCUUUGAGCCCAAGUCCCGCUUCGAGGUCCUUCGAUGGGACUACUUCACGGAGGAACAGGUGUAUUCGUGCAUCGACGGCUUCCCCAAGUGUGAACUGCGCGGUAUUGAUCGUUUGGACGUGGCCGACGUCAUCGAGAUAGCCAUGGGGGAGCUGAACAAGAAGUACAAGCCUGUCCUCCACUUGAAGAAGCAGCAGCUGAUCAAUGGCUACCGGCGCUUCGACCCCACUCGGGGCAUGGAGUACACCCUGGACCUGCAGCUGGAGGUAGUCAACCAGAAAGGUCACAGUAGCUCCAUCACCAAGAGGGUCCACCUGGUGCGUCCCCUGAGUCGCAUCGAGAUCAUCCCCAUGCCUUAUGUCACAGAGGCCACCAGAGUUCACAUCAUCUUACCGCUGAACGUUCAGGAUCGAGAUUACGUCAACCAUUUUCUUGAAGUGUUGGCCGCAAAUUCGUUUGAGACCAGUGAAAACGCCAUCUUGACUUUCCUGUUCAUCUACGACCCAUUCGAGGCCCAGCAGGUCAACCAGAAUGACAUCUUCGCCAGUGUUAAAACCCAGAUCAAUGCCUACGAGCGCAAGUAUCCAACAGUGAAGAUCCCGUGGAUAAGUGUCAAGACCGAAACCCCCUCUCAAAUCAAAUUCAUGGACAUCAUCUCGAAGAAGCACCCAGUAGACACUCUGUUCUUCAUCACUAACGUCAACACCAACGUCAACUCAGAGUUCCUCAACCGUUGCCGCAUGAACUCCAUCAACAACUGGCAGGUGUUCUUCCCAAUCCACUUCCAGGACUACAACCCAGACAUUGCCUUCCAUAACCAGGAGCCCCCACCCGCAGUAGACCUGGUCAAGGACGCCGGACACUUUGACCGCAGUUCGUUCGAGGAGGCGUGCUUCUACAACACUGACUACAUGGCAACGCGCACACGCAUGGCCUCCGACAUGCAGGAGAACGAGGAGAUCCUGGAAACCUUGGAUAUCUACGAUAUGUUUGUCAGGUACUCAACCCUGCAUGUGUUCAGGGCUGUGGAGCCAGCCUUGCACCAGAAGUACCACUACCAGGCCUGUAACCCUCGGCUCAGUGAGGACAUCUACCACAGGUGUGUCCAGAGCAACCUGGAUGGCCUGGGAGCCCGUUCCCAGCUCGCCAUGCUGUUAUUUGAACAAGAGCAAGGAAAUAGCACUUGAUCACACCUCGCUUAGAAACUUCUCCUUGAAUGUGUGUGUGAUUGGGUGUAUGUGAAUGUGUGUGUGCAUGUUUGCGUGCAUGUCUGUUUUAAAACUAGUGCAGUACAUUCCUAUAUAAUUUUUUUUUUUUACUGAAUACAAAAAACCAUGCUGGAACCAAAUGGGGUGGUUUUGAACAUUGAAAGUAUUUUAAACCUUUGAUUUGGUGGUCAUGCAGGGAUGCCUAUAUCAAUAUUUUUUUAAUAUAUUAGAAAAGUUCUACAUACAUUUGAUGUUGCUCUCAAGGGUAUGGCUUUUAACCUGCACAGCUUUUGAUACUUGGUCCUUUGCAGUUUAGUAAUCACUACUAAAGCACAUCUCAAUAUGUGUGCCUUUUAAUGUCUGUCGGUCCUCUUGUAUUUUCAUGUCCCUUGUCACAUCAAGCAAAAUAAGUAGAUUUACAUGUACACAUUUAUCAAUAUUUGAGGCCUCAUAUUUCCACACUACACAAUUCAUAUUUUAAUGUGUAAGCUGGCAUCUGAAAUAUAGAUUCACUCUACUCAAAGAAGUUAAACGGAAGGAAGCUUUAUGGCACUGACGUAAUCAGAUGCACCGUGAGAUUACUGUUCGGUUAAGAGGAUUGGACAUUAUGUGUCGGUACUGUAGGUCCCCGUAGGUGAGGUAGAAAACUACCCCUCUAGGGGUCUCUUUAGGAGGUUGCAGCAUUACACAUUCUUUAAAAAAAUCAAAUAAAAAGCAUAUGAUUGUCUGUUAUUUAGAAUAGGAAAUCAUGUCAUCUUUAUCUGUUACAUUUCUAUCUGCAACACUCUAAACAUUUCACCCCUCUGAAUACACAGUUAGAUACUGUAUGUUUCUCUGACCAUAUUGCUGGAGAGUCCUUGAAAAUAACUGAGGCCAACUUUGUGACUGGACUAGUUGACAUAAGUUGCUGGUUUCAGUAUGUACCACACUAAAAUGUCAUCUCAAUAUAUUAAAGUAGCAAUUUGAAAGCAGUUGCAUUUUAAGAAUGUCGUUAUUGAGGGCAAUCAGGAUUGUGGUUUGUAAUGUAUACGUUGGUAGUCAACGUUGUAACAUGAAUGCUAUUACAUUUCUAUUACAUUUCUAUUGCAUCGGAAUAUACCUGAAGAUAUACAGUUGAAGUCGGAAGUUUACAUACACCUUAGCAUUUCAACUCAGUUUUUCACAAUUCCUGAAAUGUAAUCAUAGUAAAAAUUCCCUGUCUUAGGUCAGUUAAGAUCACCACUUUAUUUUAAGAAUGUGAAAUGUCAGAAUAAUAGUAGUGAUUUUUUUUCAGCUUUUAUUUCUGUCAUCACAUUCCCAGUGGGUCAGAAGUUUACAUACACUCAAUUAGUAUUUGGUAGCGUGGCCUCUAAAUUGUUUAACUUGAGUCAAACUUUUUGGGUAGCCUUCCACAAGCUUCCCACAAUAAAUUGUGUAAAUUUUGCCCUAUUCCUCCUUACAGAGCUGGUGUAACUGAGUCAGGUUUAUAGGCCUCCUUGACUUGUGUCAUGCACAAAGUACAUGUCCUAACAAACUUGCCAAAACUAUAGUUUGUUAAGACAUUUGUGGAGUGGUUGUAAAACAAGUUUUAAUGACUCCAACCUGAGUGCAUGUAAACUUCCGACUUCAACUGUACAUAGUUUGAAAUCCCAUUGAUAUUGACAUUUCCCUGCAACAUUUCUGCCAAGUUAUAAUAAUAAUAAUCAGAAUUAUUAUUAUAAUUGUUGUAUAUAUACAUUUCCAUGGUACCACAUUGUAGCCCUCAAUAUGUAAUAGUUUGGCAUCAAGCAAAUAGCUGUACACUGCAAUUUCCACUCAGUAUUGUGCAAACAGAGGCCUUUUGAGUGGGUGCAGCAGGUACCAGUAACCUGAGAAGUAAAAUAUGUGCAAUACUGUAUAUGUAUAUAUGAACAAAUUCUAACGGUCCAUUCAAGGACAGGGAUUUUAUUUGUUUGACAUGUGUUGCAAAUUGAGAAUAUGUUCUAAAGUUAUAUUUAUAAAGCUUAUACCAAGCCAAUAUCCUUUGUAACACUGAAUGUGACAUGGCCUACAUUGAAAAUAGACAGUGAAAUGACGUUGCAACGAGCAGCAGCGCAGAUGUUGCGAUGAGACGCAAGACUUUGUUCUCAUACAGUCACACACCGUAUCUGCGCGUGUGUAUGGGUUCGUACGGGACCGAAACUGCUGAGAAGUUUAGCCUCGCGCUACAACGCUCUUAUUUGUUGCGGAAGUUGACCCACUAUGUUGUUGACUUUGUGCAUCUAUGUCCUUUCGCUGAGUCUAUAGUACCUUUUUUAAGACUUUACUGACAUUACUGUUUUGUGUAUAAAUGAAUACACUACAUUUUUAAAGAUUUGAUUUGUAUUGUAUUAUACUGAAAGAAACACUAUGGACACUGAAUCUAUCAUGAAAUGAAUACAUACUAAAAAGAAACAACCAAAUGCCCUUGUAAAUCUAGAUUUUACAUGUACAGUGCCUUCAGAAAGUAUUCACACCCUUUUACUUGUGUGUAACUGAUCUACACACAAUAUCACAUAAUGUCAAUGUGGAAUUUGGUUUGUAGAACAUUUUAGAAAGGAAUAAGAAAAAUGAAAAGUCAAUAAGUAUUCAACCCCUGUAUUCAACCCCCAAGCAUAGAUAAGUUCAGGAGUAAAAAUGUGCUUAACGAAUCACAUAAGUUGCAUGGACUCAUUCUGUGUGCAAUAAUAGUGUUUAACAUAAUUUUUGAAUGCUACCUCAUCUCUGUACCCCACACAUACAAUGAAUUAUAUGUAACUUCCCUCAGUCCCACAGAUUCAACCACAAAGAUGUGGGAGGUUUUCCAAUGCCUCGCUAAUUACACUUUGGAUGGUGUAUCAAUACACUCGAAAGAUACAGCCGUCCUUCCUAACUCAGUUGCUGGAGAGGAAGGAAACUGCUAAGGGAUUUCACCAUGAAGCCAAUGGUGACUUUAAAAUGGCUGUGAUAGGAAAAACUAAGGAUGGAUCAACAAUGUAGUUACUCCCCAAUACUAGCCUAAUUGAGUGAAAGGAAACCUGUACAGAAAAAAAACUAUUUAAAAAAAAAAAGCCAUCCUGUUUGUAAUAAGGCACUAAAGUAAUACUGCAAAAAAUGUGGCAAAGCAAUUCACUUUUUGUCCUGAAUACAAAGUGUCAUGUUUGGGGCAAAUCCAAUAAAGCACAUUAUUGAGUACCACCAUCCAUAUUUUCAAGCAUAGUGUUGGCCGCAUCAUGUUAUGGGUGUGCUUGUAAUUGUUAAGGUGUUUCUGGAUAAAAAAGAAACAGAAUGGAGCUAAGUACAGGCAAAAUCCUAGAGCAAAACCUGGUUCAGUCUGCUUUCCACCAGACACUGGGAGAUUAAUUCACCUUUCAGCAGGACAAUAACCUAAAACACAAGGCCACAUUUACGCUGGAGUUGCUUACCAAGAAGACAGGGAAUGUUCCUUAGUUGCCGAGUUAGUUUAUUUACUUAGACAACCAAAAAAAGUAGAUUUAACAAUGAAAAUUGUUGUCUAGCGAUGAACAACAACCAAUUUGACAGAGCUUGAAGAAUAUUGAAAAGAAUAAUGGAAAAAUGUUUCAAAAUCCAGGUGUGGAAAGCUCUUAGAGACUUAUCCAGAAAGACUCACAGCUGUAAUCACUGCCAAAGGUGCUUCUACAAAGUAUUGACUCGGGGGUGUGAAUACUUAUGUAAUUGAGAUAUUUCUGUAUUUAAUUUCAAAUAAAUUAUUACAUUUUGAAUUCAGUCUAACACAAGAAAAUGUGGAAUAAUUUUAGGGGUAUGAAUACUUUCUGAAAGCACUGUAUAUGAUUUUCCAAGAGGUUUUGCUAGAGACCAUUUGAAAUUACAAUACAUUAUGCAAAUUCAGAAUGAUGAAGCUCAAAUAGAGAUUUCCAUUGUUUCCCUUGUAUCUGAUGUGUGUAAAUAUAAUAUGUAAGGGAUAAUCCACGAGGGGCUAUGCGUUCUAUGUGGAAGGUGUGACCUUCCACGGAGUUGCAUUAUUUUCCAGAGAAUGCAUAGAGCCCCGAGUUGAUUAUCCCUUUUAUACCAUGGCUAUAAUUUAACAUAUUUGCCACUAGAAAUGUGUUAAUUUGCCUGUAGAAAUGUGUUCAACAUCCACUGAAGUAGCUAGCGAGUUUACUAGAUGGCUAGUUGCCAUGGUCACCAAAAAGACUUGCUAGUUUAGCUAACCAAACCAAUCAGUCCUAGCUUGUUAUUAUGAAAAUCGAAUUCAACAAUACCAAUACUGUUUUCAAUUUGACUUUUGCUUUCAAAAGCAACUAAAAAAACAUGUAAAAAUGAGCUAUUGCCAUUGAAUUCUACUGCGCAUGUGUUAUUUAAGCAAUAAGUCACGAGGGGGUGUGGUAUAUGGCCAAUAUACCAUGACUUGUGGAGUGCUUGGAUACAGCCCUUAGCUGUGGUAUAUUGGCCAUAUACCACAAACACCCGAGGUGCCUUAUUGCUAUUAUAAACUGGUUACAAACGUCAUUAAAAAAACAUUUUUGUCAUACCCAUGAUCUACCACGGCUGCCAGCCAAUCUGCAUUUAGGGCUCGAACCACCCAUUUUAAAAAGGCAAAUAAUGCCCACUCUAGGAUGCUCUUUGAGCCAAUCUGGAAGGACUAUUAAACAAUUCCAUGGUAUGUCAUCUAAUUGUUAUGACAAAUCUUCAGUUAGUAGCUUUGUUUAGGUGAGGCGAUGGCGUAAUCGACAUUUCCUGCUUUGCAUUUUACACUGUUGACUAUUCUCUGUUUACUACCAGUGUAAAUAUUGGAUUCAGUCGUUUUGAAGUGUCCAGUGUAUGUUUCUAAUGGUAGUGUUAACCUAGCUCAUUAUUAAUCUAAUUGAGAAACAGUGACCACUUGGGAAUUCAAUCCAUAUCAUCCCCAUAAAGAAGCUGACCAAAGUCUGUCCAGACCUAUAUUAAAAAGGUCCUGUGUACAGCACAAGCUGUAAAUUGUUCCACCCCCCCGCCCGUCUAUAGGACAUCCGUUACAAAACAAAUAACCGCAGAACACUUCCAACCUACAAAUGGAAAAUGAAAUAAUUAUUGGUAAAUCUUCUGUUACAAACAUGUUCCAUGUCAUAUUACUGAGUACAUCACUAUUGUGUAGAUACAAGACUCAAUGGUGUACUGAAAUCCUCAAUGAACUGUGAAUUAUUGUAAUGAUGGAAUAAACAACUAAUGUGUGAA